GCUCGCGCUGCCCGGCGGCGUUUGCGUCCACUCACUGAACUCACUCACUCGUUUGACUCAGUAUCACUUCGAAGCAGUAUCGGAGUAGACGCACGAGCGUUACGUCCGUAAAGUCCACACAGCCGCGUCCCAUAAAGUUUUUUUUGUUUCUUCGCAACAAAAUAUUGUGUAACAAAACACUACGUGGUCACGUUGUGAGUGGUAUAGUUCACGGAUUUACACAGCUGUUGUCCUGUUGAUCCCGCCUCAAUCGGGACGUUCAGCGGGACCAGUAGCAAGGCAGGCAGCGGGAAUGCGCGCGCGGCCGAAGCCGACGCCGGUGCCAUGAGCCGCGACGUCUCCACCAAGAUCGCCGCGGGCAUGGACCGCUGGCAGAACACUCUCGAGGAGAUGAUUAACCUCCGCACCUCCAACAACCACCAAGCCUUCAAGGAUACCUCAUGGGCGCUUAGCGGCUUUGAUGAACUUCGUCUAUACGUUAAACAAGGCGGUGAUUUCAGCAAAGAACUAGCUGCCAUAUUGCAAGAAAGGAUAGAAGCUGAAAAUUAUUAUUCGAAAUGUCUAGCGAAACUUGGCACUAAGCUGAGCAAAGCUUGUAAAGAGAGCAUUGGCUCCUGCGCCGAGGCGUGGAAACAUGUCGCUACUGAGAUGGAGAAACGUGCAGAUAUUCAUAGGGCAUAUUCUCACGCUCUAACAGAGGAAUUAGUGAAACCUAUGAAAAUUGUCAUCGAUAAUCAACUAAAGCUGAGAAAAAAGAUCGAGGGUAACGUGGAUAAAACUUCGCGGACUCUCUCCGAGUGGCGUACAAACGAAGUUAAAUCCAAGAAGAAUUCGCACGCAGCGGCAAGGGAAAACGAGAAACUGCAAGAUGCUACUUUAGAUAUUAGUCGGAUGCCGCGCAGCUCCAGCGUCGGGCACAUCCCGCACGCGCACUCCAUCCUGAGCGCGGCGCGCGCCGAGCGCGUCGCUGGCGCUACCAGCGAGCGGGAUGCGGCCAAGCUCCUAGUCAAGAAGAGGAAGACGGAAGACGCCGUUAAAAAGACUGAAGUCGAAUAUUAUAAUGUUUGUGUUCACGCGGAAAGGGCCAGGCUCGAGUGGGAAUCGAGUGUGAUGAAAGGCGCUGGCAUGCUUGAAUCUCUAGAGGAGGAGAGACUGGCUCAACUGAAGACCGCAGCCGACUGCUACCUCAGGCUGACUGCAGCGGUUCCUCCACAGCUAGCUGAGAUUUCCAACAAUCUAGUGGGCCCCAUAAGCAAGGCGGAGCCGCACGUGGACAUGCGCGUGGUGCGGCGGGUGCGCAGCGCGCCCGCCGGCGCCACAGAGCAGCUGCUUCCAGACUUCUACUGCGAGCACACCACGCUCGCCAUGAACAAGGAGCGUCGCAAACAGGCACUGCUAAAAAUUCUACAGCUAGUAAAACAAGAUAUUGAUCGAGAGCGCAAGUCUAAGCAGGGCUUGGAGAAACUCUCCAUGGCCAUGAAGCAGACGCCGACGUUCGGCAACGACGAUUCGCAACAGAAUGUCGCCGACAAACUAUAUCACAUGAAAUCAAUGUUGACAUAUUUGGAAGCUGUAAGAUACAAAAUAACUUCAACAUUGAACGAACUGGACAGCCGGGCUCCCGUCAGUCACCCCCUGGCGACACACAUCAAAGUCAUCAGGGACAAGCAAGGCCUGCAACAAAGCGUUCUAAAAGUGCCUCCAUGGCUACAGGAGGACUAUCAGAACGAAGUCAACAAAAAUCUGCAACCAAAUUACACGGCGCUAACUAAAAGCGUAAACGGCGGCGGCGAAGAGAGGGAAAGGCGUGAUUCGAUAAUGAGCAGGGCGUCUAGCAAACUGAGGAUAGAGCACCUGUCGUUCCGACGGAACACGGAGAGCCGGAGCGCGCCGGUAACGCCGCUGUGCGCGGAGCCGCCCGCCGCGCCGCCGCCGCCGCCGCCCGAGAGCCCGCUGGACUGGAGCGAGCGCGGCGCCGGCGAUGGCCUCUCCAAUCAGCAGGAUAGCGACUUUGACGAAUUUUCAUCGCAAAGCGACAGUUCCACGGAUUUGACCGACAUGCUGAAGAACGAGAGUGGUGACAAUGCAACACCUACUAAGUCCAUUGGCAAGUGUAGAGCGCUGUACAUUUACGAGGCAAGGCUGAACGACGAGCUGACUCUAUCGCCAGGCGACAUCAUAAACAUCCACGAGAAGCAGGAGGACGGGUGGUGGGCCGGCGACCUGGACGGCCGCUACGGCAUCUUCCCCGCCUCCUACGUCGAGGAGAUCACCACCUGCAUAUGAACGUGACCCCCGACUGAUCACUUACCUACUAAAUCUAUCAUAAACGAUGAUGCACGAUUACCGCACAUUGGCGCUCCCUAAUUGAAGAUGAGAGCGCGACUGCUCAUUUUAGAUGCGAGAUAUCUUUGUAAAUUACAAUCCACAAAAAUAUUUGGGGCUAUUUGUAAAAUAUUGCAGGUUGCAACUGAAUUACGGCUCUCAGUAUUGUAUUUUACAAAUACGUGUAGAAGAGCGCCAAUAUGCGGUGACCUUGCAGUCGUCGUCAACGCACCGUUAAGCGGCGUCUGUGGGUGAAACUUACUUCGUCUAUGAACCUACAACACAAUCCUAAUAACCAUACACAAAGGAAUAACGCACAAACUAUAGAGAAAUUUAUUAUAAUAUUAGAGUUUAGACAGCUGAACAAAAUGACUACAUGGCGCCUUUAGUGUUGAUCUUAAUGGGGGUCUACCUAUACUCUGUAUCUUUAGGUAUUUAAAUAAAAGUAAACAAUUUGUACAUUUUCGGUUAGUGAUAACAUUUAUUGGUAAACUAACCAAAUACAAGACUGCCAGGACCUGUGACUCAACGACCUGACUUUAACCUACAUUAUUUGAUCAUGUAAUGUGAAAACACUCGUUUAAGGAGCCAUUUGAGGGUAAAUUUUGUUUAAUUUUAUUUAAAUACCUAAAGAUACAGAGUAUAGCACUCGCAUUUUGGAUGUGUCGCUCGAAUGUGGCUACGCCAAAACAGAUGUCUACAGAACAUUUUAUUUAAACCCUUAGUACCGCAUUAGACGCAGUCAGCUCUUUCAGAUGUUUAAACAUCUAGCACGACGAAUGUUCCACUUUGUGGGUAUUUUUAUUCCUUUGUUAAUGUUUAAUAUUUAAUGCAUAUUAUUUAUUGAAAAUGCACAUUAUACAUUUACACGACAGUACUGAUAUUUGUUUACGAGUAGUAGAUGUAUGUAUGCACCCGACGUUUGAAUUUAUACAGAAUAGUUCUUAUAAGAUCAAACUAUUAGUAGUGAUAAUGUACAUUGUAUAACUAUAUCUAUAAUCCAAACUGUAAUUUUAGGUAAAAUAAAAAUGAACCAAAGUGCUGAUUAAUAUUACUUAAAAAUAAAUUGUUAAAAAAUUAA